AUAAUCACAUUGCCUACAUCUUUUCCUCCAGACACAUCUGUAAAGAGUGGAUGUCUGCCUGGAGAAUAAGCGCACCUCUGACUAUUUCCUCCUAACACUGAAAAAAAAGAAAGAAAAGGGAAAGAAGGGAAUGGAUAGACGUGAGUGUUGUGCGCGCUUUCGUGCGUAAUGCUCAUCUCGGGAGCGCACGGUGCUAACUGUGUGUUUAAUAUGCCUGUCUCGCCCCGGCGUGUUGCCCCAGACGCUGUGUACCACAAAUCCCCACCUCCACUCCAAUGAGAGGCUCGGGAGGCAGGAAUAAAAGGGUUAAGGGGAGUCUUGCAUGGAGUCUGCUGGGCGGAGCGGAAGCGAUCCGAUUGGACGGCGGCGCGGUGACGCAGGGGACAUGAAAAAGCUGAUAACUAGUUAAGAAGGCAGUUUGUAACUCUGGAAAAAGAGUGCAGAGCUUGAGACAUACGUUACGCAGUGGACGCAGGACGAACCGGCGCACACGCGAGAGAGCUGAGAGCCUUUCUUGUGGGGGGGCUGAGAGAGAAGCUGCGGCGCCCGGACACAGAGUGACUUGAGCAACACGGGAGGGGGGACAAUGGUGCAGCACACGGACAACAGCGAGACGGACGGGAGCAUGUCCAGGGAGGCUACCGAUUCGGAGGAGAGUGAAUUUAUGGCAUGCAGCCCCGUGGCGAUAAAUCCGGACUGGUGCAAGACAGCCACCGGUCACAUCAAGAGACCCAUGAACGCGUUCAUGGUCUGGUCCAAAAUCGAGAGGAGAAAGAUUAUGGAGCAGUCGCCCGACAUGCACAACGCGGAGAUCUCCAAGCGCCUGGGGAAGCGGUGGAAGAUGCUCAAGGACAGCGAAAAGAUCCCGUUUAUCCGGGAAGCCGAGAGGCUGCGGCUAAAACACAUGGCCGACUACCCCGACUACAAGUACAGACCCAAGAAAAAACCAAAGCUCGACAGUUCCAAGUCGUCGGCGCCGUCUCCGGAGAAGUGCGGCAAAAUCGCAAAGACUCCCAGCAAGAAGUGCUCAAAGAUAAAGACUAAGAGCGGCUCCAAGUCCGCGCACGGCUACGGGGAGGACUGCGUGUUCCCCAGCUUAAAAGUUACAAAGACUGUGAAAAGUGAGCUCACCGACGACGACGACGACGACGAGUACGAGGAGGACUACCGGAUGGGGAUUAAGACGCGGGACGAGGAGCGCCUGAGGCCGUACAACGUCGCCAAAGUGCCCGCGAGCCCGACUUUGAGCUCCUCGGCCGAGUCCGAGGGGACGAGCAUGUACGAAGAAGUGCGGAACAACAACAGACUGUUUUACAAUAUCAAAAACAUUACCAAGCAGAGCGCGCUGCACGCUGCUUCCGUCUCACCAGCAUCCUCCAGGUCGGUCUCCACAUCCUCCUCCUCCUCCUCCUCUUCCUCCUCCAGCAGCAGCAGCAGCAGCAGCUCCUCGUCCGGCGAGGACGCGGACGACUUGCUCUUUGACUUUAGUUUGAAUUUCGCCCCCAGCGCCCCAGGCUCGGAGCUGGGCAACCCCAAUUCAGGAAACCUCUCCCUGUCUCUUGUGGAUAAGGACCUGGACUCGUUCAGCGAGGGCAGCCUGGGCUCUCACUUUGAAUUCCCAGACUAUUGCACGCCAGAGCUCAGCGAGAUGAUUGCCGGGGACUGGCUGGAGGCGAACUUUUCCGACCUGGUCUUCACAUACUGAACUGAGAACGGGGACAAAAAAAAAAAAAAAAAUGAAAGAAGGAGAGAAAAAGACACACGAGUUCCUCUAGUAAUAACAGAGAAGGGAGAAAGUAAAUUAUAUAUGUGUCCUGGUCAAGUUGUCCCUAGCCCUGCCUCCUGUGGGUUUUUCCUUUUUUUUUUCUCCUUCUUUUUUUUUCUCUGAAGGGGUCCUGGAAGGGGAGGUGAAGGACCAGGAGGUGAAGGUGAAAGGUUUUUUUUGAGGAAUGAGAUGCUUAUGAAGCUGGUAGCAAAAAAGAAAAAAAAACACAAACAAAACAACAAGAUGAAAACAGCAAAAGUCUGCAGACGUUUUUUUUUUUUUUUCUUUCUGGCAGGCAUGACAGGGUUUUAUGGAUUUUCUCCCCUCAACGUGUAGGUCUGCAUUUUUUUUUUUUUAACUGUUCAGCUAAAAAAAAAAAAAAGGCCGGACCACAAGAAAAAAGGGAAAAAUACGUGAACUUCUAUGCAUCUUAUUAUCCUCUUUCAAAAAAAAAAAAAAAAAAAAAAAAAAAAAAAACUCAAACGAAGCAAAAGGAAAAAAAAACUGCAGGGAAGCUGAAAAAAAAAAAACACCGGACUGUGGACUGACUCGAAGCAAAUCUGUGAACUGACAAAUUGUUCAGGAACGUUACUUUACAACAACGACGACAAAAAAAAAGGUUUAUGUAAUUUCUAAAUGCCGCAAAAAUGUUUGUUCGUUUCUUUUUUGUAACUGGUUCAGUUUUACCUCCUGGUUUGGACAAAAUUUUACGCAGCCUAAACCUCUGCAGAAAUACAGGUUGUGGAGGGGAAAACAUUUUGAUACAUAACAGACCUCAUCUUUUUAAAAGAAAAAGUAAGAUAUUUUCAGGCAUAUUUUUGUACAGUUAAACAAAGGGAAUGUUCUUACUGUGCUUUUCAGUGAGUUUCAGGCACUUCUUCCCUUUAUCAUUUGUUUUUUUUUUCUUUCUUUCUUUUUUUAAGCAUGCAAGGGAGUCCUGGUUUUAAGGAUUAAGUUAAAUUAAGACUUGCAUCAAAAAUGCCUUGUGAUUUCAAAAAAACUAGGUUUUGUACAGUUGUAGAGCAGAUUUGUUGAGUAUUUGUAGACGAUACAAUGGCAUCAUGGGGGAACACAUACCUCAGAGCUGGAACUAGUUUCAAGAUUGUAUAUGUACUGUAAUAUAGUAAAGUUAGGAGUUUAUGUAUAUCAUACUCGUGAUAUGUGGAUGGGUCCCGAUCGCAGGUGUGAAAACUGGAUUUUGGUAUUUUUUAUGGCACAUACUGUUUUUCCCCCCUCUCAUUUUUUUGUGCAAUAUAUACUCUUAAGAUACAGACCAUCAACAAUUGUAGCAAGGUGAUGGAAAAACAGACUUGUGCACUGUCAACAUCAUUUCAUGUUAUGAUGCUGAAGCCUGUCCAGGCAGAAAAAAAAAUAAACAAAUCAGCUGGAACUGAUACAAAACAACACAAUAUGGCCUCAUGGUGUGAUGCAUACUAUUAUAAAAAAAAAACACGGAUUAACACCACAAUUUGAAUGUUUUUCUUUCUUUUUGACUCAUAAGGAUAAUGAGCAUAUCUGACACCAAAAACAACUCGAAUCUGACUGAUAAAUUCUGGGAAAGUUUCUGCGAGAAAGGGCAUAGUCUGAUACAGUAUGGUGGUCUGGCAUUAGUUGGAACAAAGCAAGCAAAAAAAAAACAUUCCAUAGUUCCUGUUUCAUGAAAUGAAACUUUAUUUUAAAACUGAAGACUGCCUUCUUUUUUUAAAACAUUAACCAUAAACCUGUAUUUUUUAUUUCUUGCACUUAAAAAAAGCAGAUAUUGUUUAUUUUUAUGUGGGUCUUACAUAUGAAGUCUGUUUGAUAAAAAGGUUUUGGAAUAUGACCUAAUUAUACGCCAAGACGUUUUGUUGGAAGUUCUAGGCAGUAGUUACUUCACAUUCCAAGUGUGAAUCUGUCUUUGACUCAUCUUUUAAUAAAUAAGUACCUACCACCAUCGACUGUCCUUUCAGUUUGUGAAUAUCUGUACACAAAAUGUGUUAUUUGUUGCGUUUGAAACAGGAUGUGAUGACAGAAUGAUGCCUAUUUUGUAUUUAGGCGGAUACUCUGAAAUGGAUGGGCUCAAACUAACAUGUGAAUUCACAUUUAAUAAAAAGGAAAAAAAAGGAAACUUUUAAA